AUGCGGGUGGUGAUCCAACAGCUGCUGGGAAAACAGCAGGCUGCAGAUUUCAACCUGCGCGAGCUGGGUGAGCGCUUCCUUGAGCUGGACCAGGGCUUCCACGCGUUGGGCGCACGGUUUGAUGGAAUGGAAAGUGGCAUUCGCGAGCUCUUCAAAGGCAAAGGCACGGUGGGCGAGGGGGGCGACUGGAAAGCCAUUGGGAAGGAGACGUCGGGCGCGAAGGAAGGCGAGCGCGGCGGGUAG